AUGAGCAGUGAAGGAAGGGAAAGGAAAAAUAAAGAUAUUAAUGAAAUGGAACCCGAAGUUGACGAUGAUCAGGUUGAUCCAUAUCAUGGAAAACAACAAGAACUACCUGAGCCCGAAGACUUUGAAAUGCCCGAUGAUUUAAACUUGGACGGCGAAGAAAAAGACGAUAAGGAUGGAGAAACUGAAACUGAAAAUCCGUUUGAAAUCGACGCUAUGAAAGAAGCUUUACAAGAAGAGCAGAAAGAAAACGAUGAUGAAGAUAAAGAUAAAGGAAAUAAAAAUGGUCUGGAAGUGUCCAGUGAUGAAGAAGGUGAAGGAAACGAUGCUGAACAGAUGCCUCGUAAUUAUAAAAGAAAAACCGAAACUAAAUACAGCUUAGAGGAUCUCAAAAGGGCUAUAGUCGACGUUCAAACUAAAAAACUCAGCAUUGGCAGAGCAGCAAAUACUUAUAGUAUUCCAAAAACUACAAUUUAUGAUUAUUUAAAGAAGGCACCUAUAAAAUUACCAAGGACUGGACGAAGACCGCUCUUCACAGACCAGCAAGAAAGGAAUUGGUCGACUAUAUCAUAA